AUGUUUGGCUGUUGUAACGAUGCUAAGCAGUUUAUUGAUUUGAGCAAAAACAUUAGCUCACUAAUUCCAUACAAAAAUAUAAAAGUCACUCCAGACCUUACGCCCUGUCAACGUCGUGUAAGAAGACGCGAAGCGAUAGAAUUGAAUGGGAGUGUUACAGUUAAUAAUCAGCCAGAGACAGUUUGCAACACAGCAAAUAGUUUAGAACACACGAACAUUAAACAUGACACCACUCCACAUACGGCUGAUCACUAUGUUGAUCUAGAUGAGUCUACAGAUCAGAAACCUUUGGAUAAGAUACGGACCCCAACUGACACCAAAAACCAUAACGACAUGACUAAUCCCAGCUGUUCAUUCAGUAAUGUACUAAAAUGUGAGUCGUGUAACAACACAUGUGCAACUAAACCUAUACACUUGAAAAUUUGUCCUCCUAAAGACAUUCCACGAGUAGACUUGAAUGAACGUAAGUUCAUCUCACAAAGACAACGAAAGAAUCCUGCUCUGAAAAUAAAGGGUGGGAAGACAAAACUCAUGAUACCGAAUAGGGAAACACGUAAGAUUGAACCCAACUGCUCUAUAGGUAUCCCAAGAACAGUGAACAGGUUCUCCCCGCUGCUAUCGUAUAACUUGCCUUCAACACCUCCAAGUUGCAAAAAAGGGUGGUGGGCUUCAACGUAG